CGAGCCAAACUAAACUACGACAUACAUUUUGUUGAAAAAUCUUAAAGGCCUUCUUGUUACCCAAGACACCCUUUCCGCAAAAGAAAUACUGAACCCUCAUACUGUGGAGAAUCAUUACUAGCAGAAUUCGCAAGCUCAGAUCUAUACUAAGAACAAGGUAAAAAGAUUAUAAAGUUUCUUAUCGCCAACUUGAGGAGCGCUAAUGGAGUCAGUAUUCGGAUUGGUUGGGAAGGAUUUUGCAAUAGUGGCGGCCGAUACAUCUGCCGUUCACAGUAUCCUCGUGCACAAGACUAACGAGGACAAGAUCAUGAUCUUGGAUUCUCACAAGCUCAUGGGCGCCUCCGGAGAGACUGGUGACCGGGGACUGUGGCAGGAAUUUCUUGAAAUUAGGGUUAUUAGUCUUUUGGGGAUUAGCAGGGUUCUGUGGGAAAGUUUUUCUAUGGGUGUGGGGAUCAGGGUUCAGUUUACUGAGUACAUUCAGAAGAAUGUAGCUUUGUACCAAUUUCGCAAUGGCAUUCCUUUGACUACUGCAGCUGCUGCAAACUUCACCAGAGGCGAGCUUGCCACAGCCCUGCCUCAUCCUGUAGCUGUAGUGUUGUACAUACCACACUAUACUUGUCUUGUCGUCAUCAGUUACUUUGAUGUGUUUUUCUUCUCAUCGUUUUAUCCAUUUUUUGUCACACAUUCUGUUAGAUGCCCUAUGCAAGGCUUCUGUUACAUCCGUGAUUCUGCACAUUUAUAUCCUAAGCUUCUGAAUCCAUACAUGGUGAAUAUCAUCCUUGCUGGAUACGAUAAGCAGACGGGCCCAUCUAUGUACCACAUAGAUUACAUUGCUUCCCUCAUCAAGGUUGAUAAAGCUGCAUUUGGCUAUGGUUCCUACUUUGCCCUCUCCAUGAUGGAUAGGCACUACCGUCCGGACAUGACUGUCGAGGAGGCUAUUGAUUUGGUCGACAAAUGCAUAAUCGAGAUUCGUAGCAGGCUUGUUGUGGCCCCACCAAACUUCAUUAUCAAAAUUGUUGACAAGGAUGGGGCUAGGGAGUACGCUUGGCGUGAGUCAAUCAAAGAUACCCCUGUUAAUGCUGCGUAAUUUGUUGGUUUUAUAUUUUAUGAUAUUAAUGAGACUUCAAAUUUCCUGCUGGAAGAAACUGGGGUGGAGUAUCUGGAUUAUUCAGGAUCUCGUUGUUUUUAAUUUGUAAUGUUGCUAGAACUCUUUUGCAGUUUGAAGAAAUCUGACUCGCGUGCUGUUGGAACUUGCAAGUUUUUUAUUUCGAUUAAGUUUGAGGAAGGUUUGCAUGUUGGGCUGUAUCAGGAUGGAGUUCCACGGGUGAGAGUUGUUAUUCGAACUAAGUUGGUGUACAUAGCUCAGUUCGACUCAUUCAUUUAUUUAAACUAGUUUAGUUCGAACAAAAUAUUCGAACUCAUUUAUCAAACGAGCCAUCUGAGUUUG